CCUCAUCGCAUCGUGGCGAUGCUCUAUCUCACGUAGAGGGAAGGAGCUGUUGCUCUCGCCUUCUCGUCCCCGCAUCCUCACUAUCGACAUCUGACGCUGUCGCUCGUCCCGCUUCAGCCUAGCUCCUCUCAAACACCUGACCCUACCGAUCGGUCGAAUGACCUCGAAACACGAGUGUCGUGACUCGGGUACGAGUUGCGGGGACAUGAAUGCUGUUUAUGAGAUGAUGAUGAAAUCCUUUUGGCGUGAGAUUCGCUACAAACCGCCCAUCCAUACGAGUAGCGACGCACUCCCAAUCCUCACGCAAGAACUCAUAGACCUUAUCAUCGAUUUCCUGUGGGACGAACCUGUACAGCUCGCCAGGUGCUGCCUCGUAUGCCGAGCUUGGUAUUGCAGCGCGAGGCAUCACCUUCGCCGGUAUACCAUCCGAAGUAGCAGGGAUUUGGGUGAUCUCGUAGAGAUACUAAUGUCCAAGCACAACAAAUGCUAUGGACGUGCACUUGAUUCCCUGCGCAUCGAAGACCAUCCGGACAAGCCGUUUGCGCAUACCUUUCCGCUCGAUUGGACAAGCGCACGGCCUCACCUAUCCUUCUUUACUCACCUCUCCUAUUUCUCGUCCGUCACUCGCUUGUCACUCAGGCGAUGUCGAUUACGCCGUGCCGACGAGAUCUGGAUGAUCACCCGUGCUCUACCUGGUCUGGAAGUCCUCCGUCUUCGCUCAAUUGCCGUCGAGUCUGUAGCCCUGGAUAGCACAUCGCCGCCUCGCUCCCCUAUUGCUGUCAACCAGAAGCUCCGUGAGAUACACCUCCGGGACUACGAUGGUUGUGAAUGUCCCCUGGGGAUGUGUGACAGGCAGCACCUCGCUUCGAGUCUGCUCGAUGUUCUCUCGUCGUACACAACUGUGGACACCAUCUUCCUCCGGUAUACUGGUUUCCUCUCCGCUUCGGAAUUCCAUUCUUUUGUCUAUGCGCUCCCGGCCCUUCGCAACAUGCGUAUAGAUGGUGACCUGUUGCCAGAAGACUUGGGGUCUCCGAUGACCCCGGCUGAAACGGUCGCACUGGCGACAGGCGUGAAUGCUGGUAUUUCAUGGGCCUCCGUCCACCUGUGGCAAGUAUCCUCAGCUUUUGCCUCUAUGUUCUUCGAGCUAUUUGCACAGCAGUGUCGCAAGCUCGAAGAGCUGCACAUCGAUCUCCUGGAACCACCCUCAUCCGCAAUGGUUCAGACCAUCAGCCAAAUUCUACGAGAUUCCGGGCCGGCAUUGGGGGAGUUCGAAUGGAGUCACCCUGGUUGGAUUGAUGCUUUCCUUCCCCAUCAUGUUCCAGGCCGUCUUCCACCUUCGCUGUCAUAUAACGCCAGUCUGGCAGUUCUGACCAUAGACUUUACUUCUCCCUCGUCGCUGAACAUGCCUUGGGUCUACGGAACUCUCCUGAGCCUGUUCACGCAACUUGGGAGCACGCAUUUGCAAAGCGCACACGUUUCCUUCCUAACCUUCCACGGUACAGACGGUUCCGCAUGCGCGAUCACGGCGGAGGCCAUUGCAGCGUUUCAUGCCGCUCUCUCCCGUAACGUAUUUGCAAGGUUGUCCUAUGCGGCUGUCACCUUCCGCGUCAGCAUGGGCUCGAACCAAGAACACGCUUCAAACUGCGUUGCAGAAACGCUAUGCACGUCGGCUACCGUCAAGUCCUUCCUCGUUCCCCUCUUUAGUCCUUGGCUGGCUCGUGGAGUCAUUGCGCUGGAACUUCCUGAUGGAUCGCGUAUCUAGGACCCAGGAGAACCCAGUGCAUGAGAUAGAAAGUGCCGGAGGACGAGUUGAGCGACCUCUCUCGCUGCACGCUUGGCUCUAUAGCGUCGAUCCUGCGAACUAUAAAUGAGGAAAAGCAGGGGAUCCUAGAGCAUC